CCAAAUUAUGUUUCUUUUUUCCUUCUUGUGUAAAUUAUUCCUUAUCUAUCCAAAUUCGUCUUCUUGAGUGAAUAUUUAAAGCGAAUCUCGACAAAACUAGCUAGCUCUUAAAAGGGAUUUUAGGAGUUUACUCUUGCUUCUCAGAUUUUUCCCGUAUUUUCUUGGAAUUCAUUGAAAUGGUGAGAGGAAAGAUUGAGAUCAAGAAGAUCGAGAACGUAACAAGUAGACAAGUCACGUUUUCCAAACGAAGGAGUGGUCUCUUUAAGAAGGCUCAUGAGCUUUCUGUUCUAUGUGAUGCUCAAGUCGCAGCAAUGAUCUUCUCUCAGAAAGGAAGAUUAUAUGAAUUCGCUAGCUCCGAUAUCAGGAAUAUGAUCAAGCGAUACGCUGAGUACAAGAGGGAGUACUUUGUUGCAGAAGCACAUCCUAUAGAGCAAUAUGUGCAGGGGCUAAAGAAGGAAAUGGUGACAACGGUGAAAAAGAUUGAAGUGCUUGAAGUCCAUAACCGGAAGAUGAUGGGACAAAGUUUGGCUUCUUGUUCGGUAAAAGAACUUCAGGAGAUAGCCACACAGGUAGAGAAAAGCCUUCAUAUUGUUAGAUUAAGAAAGGCUAAGUUAUAUGAAGAUGAGCUAGAGAAACUAAAAGCCAAGGAGAGGGAACUCAAGGACGAGAGAGUCAGGCUUUGUCGAAGGGUUGGAGAAAGGCCAAUGGGGAUGCCGUCGGGAAACAAAGAGAAAGAGGAUGUGGAAACUGAUCUAUUUAUUGGAUUACCAUAAAAAUCGUCCUUGGUCGUUAAACCUCAUUUUCUAGCUAUCUAUCUCAAUUAUUGUUAUGUUAAUAGUGUUUCAAUCACUUCUCUUUUAGUAAUGUAAUGUGUAAGAGUUCUAACUUCUAACUAUGCUUUUAUCCGUGGAUGUAAGAUAAUGUAAGCUCUUAAAUUUCUGUUUUUGUUUUGUAAAACCGAUUUUUAUUUAUUCUAGUA